AUGGAAGGGGAAUCUUACCACAAUGCAACGACCGUCAAUGGCACCCCCGUGACUCACCAGCCUCUGGAACGCCACGGGUUGUGGGAAGUCAUCACCAUCGCAGCUGUGACGGCCGUGGUGAGCCUGAUCACCGUCGUGGGCAACGUCUUAGUCAUGAUCUCCUUCAAAGUCAACAGCCAGCUGAAGACAGUUAACAACUAUUAUCUGCUCAGCUUAGCCUGUGCAGAUCUCAUCAUCGGGAUCUUCUCCAUGAACCUCUACACUACGUACAUCCUCAUGGGACGCUGGGCUCUCGGGAGUUUGGCCUGUGACCUUUGGCUUGCGCUGGACUACGUGGCCAGCAACGCUUCUGUCAUGAACCUUCUGGUGAUCAGUUUUGACCGUUAUUUUUCGAUCACAAGACCCCUGACGUAUCGGGCCAAACGUACCCCAAAGAGGGCUGGCAUCAUGAUUGGCUUGGCCUGGCUAAUCUCCUUCAUCCUCUGGGCCCCAGCGAUCCUCUGCUGGCAGUACUUGGUUGGGGAGCGGACGGUACCACCGGAUGAGUGCCAGAUCCAGUUCCUCUCUGAGCCCACCAUCACUUUUGGCACUGCCAUCGCGGCCUUCUACAUUCCUGUUUCUGUCAUGACAAUCCUCUACUGCCGAAUCUACCGGGAAACAGAGAAGCGAACCAAGGACCUGGCUGACCUCCAGGGCUCUGACUCCGUGGCUGAAGCUGAGAAGAGAAAGCCAGCUCACAAGAUUCUGCUCAGGUCCUGCUUUAGCUGCCCCCGGCCCACAUUGGCCCAGAGGGAAAGGAACCAAGCCUCCUGGUCAUCCUCCCGCAGGAGCACCUCCAUCACUGGGAAGUCAUCCCAAGCCCCUGGCCCAGGCACUGAGUGGGCCAAAGCCGAGCAGCUAACCACCUGUAGCAGCUACCCCUCCUCAGAAGACGAGGACAAGCCUGCCACUGACCCUGUCUUUCAAGUGGUCUACAAGAGUCAGGCCAAGGAAAGCCCAAGGGAAGAAUUCAGUACCGAAGAAACCAAGGAAACUUUUGUGAGUGCUCAAACUGAAAAAAAUGACUAUGACACCCCAAAAUACUUCCUGUCUCCAGCUGCUGCUCAUCGAACCAAGAGUCAGAAGUGUGUGGCCUAUAAGUUCCGAUUGGUGGUGAAAGCUGAUGGGACCCAGGACAACAACAAUGGCUGUCAAAAAGUGAAAAUCAUGCCCUGCUCUUUCCCUGUGUCCAAGGACCCUUCAACCAAAGGCCUCGAUCCCAACCUCAGCCAUCAGAUGACCAAACGAAAGAGGAUGGUCCUCAUCAAAGAGAGGAAAGCAGCCCAGACCCUCAGUGCAGUUCUUCUGGCUUUCAUCAUCACAUGGACUCCUUACAACAUCAUGGUCCUAGUUUCCACCUUCUGCGACAAGUGUGUCCCAGUCACCCUGUGGCACUUGGGCUACUGGUUGUGCUACGUCAAUAGCACUGUCAACCCCAUUUGCUAUGCCCUCUGCAACAGAACCUUCAGGAAGACCUUUAAGAUGCUGCUUCUCUGCCGAUGGAAAAAGAAAAAAGUGGAAGAGAAAUUGUACUGGCAGGGUAACAGCAAGCUCCCCUGA